GUAACAACUUCCCGGUAGAUGUACAACAUGGGAUGGUUGUGGGUGUCGAUGUCCAUAUGUAUGGUUCUGCCACUUGCACUGUCGCAGAGAGUAUUGGAUCUACCGAACCGAUGUUUCCGGGAGCCGGACCCGGCCUUAUGUAAGAUAGGACGAGCACGGUACUACUUUAACGCGACAACGGAGGUUUGUGAGGUGACGAGGAACACGCGGUGCUCUGGAGGUAAAAGACCCACCCUCUUCUCUUCAAUGGCCCGAUGUAUGAAAAGAUGUGGCUGUAUGGCAGACGUCCAUCCUGGGCCAUGUGAGGGCCAUAAUGUCCGGUACUACUAUAACAAGACGUACCGGAUGUGUACAACGUUUAUUUUUGGUGGAUGCGGUGGGAACUUUAACAACUUUCGCACGUUCUUUCAGUGUCAAUGGACGUGCAACCCACGUUCCUUCUCUUUUGACUUUGAUUUUUAAAUCUGAGAUAAAACGUGAUCGAUAUUAUAGCUUUUGUAUCAAAACUUGAGUGUAAUUAAGUUUUCGAGCAGGGGAUCAUUACCUCGUAACGUAGAAACACUAGCUAGUAUUGCUGCAGCUAAGCCAAUACCGCACAGGUUGUGUCUACUGCGUCCGUUUAAAGCUUGCCUGGUGAUCCUGGUCUAUAUCUGGUCCUGUUUAUCCUGGUAGAACAUGUAAUGCUAUACUGCCAUACGUUUCCAUAGCCCUGUAAGGGUUUAUGUACCCUUAAUACUGAAGGAGAAUUGAUGAAAUUGAUGAUGAUGAUGAUGAUGAUGAUGAUGAUGAUGAUGAUGAUGAUAAAAUAACAAUGAAACAAAAUCAAACAUAUUUACAAGAAGUGGUUUUGGAUAAUUUCCCGUAUUUUGUCAAAAUAGUAAUGUCAUCUAUGCACAUCUAGUAGAUACAAUGUAAGAAGCUCCCUGGAAUACUAAAUUAUAACUCUUUACUUUCGAUUUUCAUUUUCGCGUCGAUUCCUCUGUUAUAUUUUAUUUUCGACACAUUCUCUUUUUUUCUUUUAACAUACAAAUAAUCAAUAUGUGUUCUAUUACAUUCGCAUUAUUUGUAUCAAAUAAGUGUCUAACAUACGGGCACUUUGUAUAGGGAAUGUGUGGUUAUAGAAUAUUGCAUGUCUUCGAUAAGGUUACCGCGUACAAGUAUCAUUCAAGUAUUAAAUUGUAUUUUGUUCAGGGUCAUAGUUCUAAAAUCCUCAAAAGGACUUGACAAAGUGUUAGCAUAUUUUAUUAGAGUAUUUUUGGAUUUAGGAUUAAACGACAAUCAGAAUACAGUUUAAUUCUUACACUGGUAUUUUUUUUUAUUAUUCUUAUUGAUUUUGACAAUAAAUUGAUAUACCCGUACAACCUUGUCUGUUCUAUCAAAUCUGUGGUCUUUAACAGAAACGCUGUCAUUAUGUAGCAUACGUUAAUUUUAAUACGUCAUAAUGGUAGUGACGUCAUGAUCGACCAACAAAGACUUUGUCACCAAGAUGACUGGUUUACAGACGCAAUGUGUAGAUGUACAUAUUACAAUAUUUAUUACAAGCCGAUAUGUUGUGUCAUGGAAUUCCUAUCGAUUACGAUUUCCAAUAGCAACGCUAAGUUUAACGAAUAUUGAUUUGAAACCAAACUCUAGCGAGAUUAUUAUUAUUAGCCAUAAUUGAUUUAAUGGUUCCGGUGUUGUGUUUCGUUUAAUUUGAAGACAAACAUUAUCAAACUAUCUGGAGACAGUAAUGACAACAUGUAAUCGAGAAUAUCCUGUUUUCUUGGUUUGAUUAGGAAACAACUUCCAAGUCAUUGUUUAAAGUGGAAGAUUUACAAUUCGUCUGCCUUUCGUUUAUGAUUUAUGAAACUCGCCAUGUUUAUAUUCUAGCAAGGAUAUAAAUUAGUAAGUAUUUCAAGACAUCAAUCACACCGUCACGAUAUUUUUUUUUUAUAUUAAUGAACUCUUUGAGGUGAUAAAUGGAAUAUAUUUCUAAUCACAUUUCCGUAUGUGUUACUAGAGUCUGCCACUUGAUGUCUAAAUAUAUACGUUUGUUUUGUUGGAAUGUUUAAAACUAUAACAUUAGUAUGUGUACAAAUAAACUUGGUACAGUG